AAAAAUUUUUAAUUUCAGGUUUGCAAUGCUAUUGGAAACAUCCUUGAGACCUAUGUAGGCCCUGAUUUAGGCCUAUGAAGCCCUGGGUGUGGGCUAAGUUCUAUCCACACCCAGCAGUCACACGUCAGCCUCAAGACCUUUGAGGCUUGAUUGGAAUGGAAAUAACAAGACCUGCACCAGAUAGGGGAUCUCAUCUGGUUGGUUCAUCAAAAGUCAAUAAUGCAAUCACCUUGAAAAGUGCAUUGAAGAAGAACUUGAGAAUCACACCCACCAAGGAGAAAAAGAAGCCUAAAGGAAAGAGUUUCCAGGAGGAAGUGAACUUCCUGCAUCUUCAAUUUCCUUCCCUCUUGGCUACUUUUUCUAUCUCGAGGAGGAUUGGAGAGGGUGGUUUCAGCAAUGUUUAUUUGGCAGAACUGCGUUCAAAUACAAAAGUGCAAUUUGCUGUGAAGCAUAUCAUCCCCACUUCUUUGCCUGUUCGUAUAGAGAAGGAGAUUAUCUGCCUGAACUUGCUGAAAGGGAAGCAGAAUGUGAUAGAAUUGAAGCACAUCAUCAGAAGUGGUCCACACAUCCUCCUUGUCAUGCCAUUCAUUGCUCAUGAAAAAUUCACACAUUACUUCAUGAAGAUGUCUGUGUGUGAGAUUCAGGAUUAUGUGAAGAAUUUACUGAUGGCCUUGAAGAGUGUCCAUGAACUUGACAUCAUUCAUAGAGAUGUGAAACCUGCCAAUUUCCUUGUGGACAGGUGGAAUCGAACCUACAGCCUGGUGGAUUUUGGGUUGGCACAGCUACCUCCGUCAUUGUUGAAAUCCAAGGAAGAAAAUGCCACCAGUGAGAAAGAGCAGUUGAAGGAUGCUUGCACAGCUGAUGAGUUGAAGGAGGAUCUGGAAAGUCCAAGCAAACAGUCUUCAGCCUCUCUGAAGCAGAAGGCUAAUUCACGUGCUGCCUUGAAGUCCUGCACUAAUGUGCUUGAGGUGUCAAGGGCUGGAGAGCCAGAUGAUAGAAAAGGGAGCCCCAACCAACAGCUUCUGCCUAUUGUUAGGACUCAACGAAAUCUAUCAGGUCGUCCCUCAGGCACGAAACCAUCAGUGAAUGUCAAGAACUCACCAUGCAAGUGUUUCUUUGGGCCAUAUGUUUGUGAUGAGUGUACAAAGAAACCUGUACAGUAUGCCUAUCGAGCUGGUACUCCUGGCUUUCGAGCACCUGAAGUCCUCAUGAAGUGUCCCUUUCAAACUACUGCUGUGGACAUUUGGUCAGUGGGGGUCAUUUUUCUAAGCAUGCUGAGCAGGCGGUACCCAUUCUUCAAAGCUCCUGAUGAUUGCACUGCCUUGGCUGAAAUUAUCACCCUCCUUGGAUCUCAACCUGUCUGUGAUAUGGCUGACCAUUGCGGGAAACAUCUCCUCCUGUCAGAGCCAGUGUGCCCCUCGGACUUGAAGGAUGUCUGCCUCAGUCUGAGACACUCUGUGGUAGAGCAGUUGAAUGAUGACAGUGAAGUGAAGGAGCAAAGAAAACCUGAAAAUCGUCCCAAUGACAUUCCUGAUAUGGCAUUUGAUCUCUUGAAAAAGCUGCUGGAUCCUAACCCCUACACCAGAAUCACUGCAGCUGAAGCACUUCAACAUCCUUUCAUCUGUGAUGCCUGAACCCUGUACUUCCCUCUGAACCGAUGUCAUGCUAAAAGGACAGAAAAUUAUUAUUUUGUCCCUGUAAGUGUAAUUCUGAUAGUUCCUGUUAUGAUUUUUUCUUUGGGUAGUGAUCCUAAGGGGGAACCUCAGUGAUAUCCUCUCACAGUCCUCUCUCAGGCUUCCCUAUUAUCGAUUUGUGGCAGUUGCAUAUUUUUAAAUUAUUAUCGGAGGUUUUUGUUUUUUUAGCAGGGUAUUGGUCUCAAUUAUUCCUGAGUAAUUAGUUUCCAACAGACCCCAUUGAGAUGCUAAUCAAUUAAGGUGAUAUGUGCACUCGCCUCAUCUAUGUCAGCCGUUUCUCCAGUCACUUGGGCAAAGAUUCUCUGCUAUUGAUUGUUCUUCAGUAGACAGAUUUGAGCACCAGUAAUAAGUACAAUCAUGGGCAUUAUGAAUGCAGGUGAUAACGUUUCAUUUGAUGGACGCUGCUUUUUUCCUUUUUUAGCUCAAUCCAGCAAUUUAUAGC